AUAAUAAUAUCUCCCCCUCCCCCCCUCCCCACUCGAGAAAUGGCUCUUCUUCAAGGAUGGGAACUUCUCCCUGACCCUGAUGACCACGGAUCUCUUCAAAUCCAUGAUCAUGGACUCAACACUUCUCUUCUCCACAUGGAUUACUUCAUCUGCCCUCCCCAAUCAAUUCAUCCUCAUCAACCUCCUCCACCUAUUCCCAACCUACAACUACAAGAUCAUCACCCACUCAUCACCAAAACUCCCCUCCCCAUCAUCAAUAUCACUCCUCCAGAUGCAUCACCAAAGAUUAAUAAAUCUUUUACCACUACUCAAGCUGAUCAACAACACCACAAAUUCAACGAAACUGGAUUCAUGAUGAGAUUAGACUCCAACACCACUUGGGUGAUCAUGCCUCAGCCUCAGAUUGACGGUGCCGCACUCCUUCAUUCCCAGGAAAACCAAGACCCUUGUAAAGCCGAUUCAAAAACGCCGGUGAUCAAGAAAAACAACACGAAGCUGCCAUUCGAACUUGAAGGUGGUUUCAACAUAUGGAAAUGGAGUUUUAAUGGGUUGGGUGCAAUUUGCUCAUUUGGAGUAGCUGCUGCCACUUUUUGCCUCAUCAUUUUCAGCACCCACCGGAACAAGAAACAUCCUCACCGGAAUCAGAGCCUUCAAUUUCAGAUUUACAACACUAACAAGCAGAGGAUGAAGCAAGUAAUUCACCAGGCAAGUAAGCUAAAUGAAGCAGGCAGAGGAGAUGGCUCCACCACUUUUCGGGGGGGGGGGGGGGGGGUUGGCGUAAAAUUUGUGUAA